AUGGGGAGUAAAGUAAGAGAACUUCAACAUCAGAAUGUAAACUAAGCUAAAGCAGAUUCUGAAUUAAUCAACAGAUUCGAAAGAACUCAUGGUUCCAACCUUGAAAUGUUUAUGCCUAAAAAACCUCCUCUCUAAGCCUUUAAUUCAGCAAGAGGUUCAUUUAUUUCAAACUAGUGUAAUAGUCCAUCAGGCGGAGCUUGGGAAAAUCUUAUUGAGAAAACUUAAAAUAAUCAACUUAGCCAAACAAUGAAAAGAGGUGAUUAUGCUCUUUCUAGCAGAAGAGAGUCAGAAAGAGUCAAUGCCUGUCGUACAUUAGAUCCACAAAGAUAAGAAGUAGAUAUAAAUCUCUAAAAUAAUAAAGUGACAGGAUGCUCUAGAUAGAGAAAUGAAAGGAAUUACUACAGCACUUUUAAAAUUUCAGAACAAAACAAUAAACUACCUCCUAAAAAUCCAAAUAAGACCACCAAGUCAAAUAUUGAGACUCAAUCAUCAUUAAUAAUUGGAAGCCAGUAGAACACUGUUCUAAGAGAUAAGGCGCUAGGGGGAGAUUGUUCUAAAAAUAGCAGCUAAGUUAUAAAGAAUAUGAGAGACUUCAGAAGUUCGAUAGAUUGCCUUCCUGGAAGUACCACAUGUGUCACAGCAAGGAACAGCCAUAAUUCUAAUAAAGAAAACAUUAACCCUUAAAUUUCAAGAGGACUUGCAACCUCUGUUGAAAGAGAAGAUAUGGGCAUUGUUCCCAGGGAGAGAUUGAGGUCAGCAAAGACUUAUGAUAGAUCUAUGGUACAAAUAAAUCCAGUUACAUACACCAAUAUUACAUAUUAAAACCAGCCUAAAGCCGAAUAAGAUAGACCUUAUGAGAAAGGGACAAAGAAGUUUUGGGAUAAGACAAUGGAAAUAAAGUAGUAAAGUAGUCUCAAUAAGGCAAAGAAAGAACAAGAGGUUGUUCCAUAGUGCUUCUCUAAAGGAAGAAAACCAAUGGAGAUAAGAGAUGCAUUCAGAAGUCAGAUAUAAUUUGUUUGA